AUGAGUUUGGAGACGGAACAUCGAGCGUUUGCGAAUAAACACCGUUCACAGAUCGAUGGCCUUUGUCCGGAUAGCGAAAAAAAUGACGGAGCGACUUUCGGACAAUCGCUGAUCAACUUUAUGACUUUAGCAACGGGCAGCGUCAAAACAGCGUUACAAAAACCAGCAAAUUAUAAGAAAAAUAUCAACCAUAGACGAUACUUGCAAAAACAGCUUAAAAUUUGCUCCAGGCGGAAGAAACGUUCCACGAAGGCAAAAACGGGGCCGAAAGCGAAGAAGGGAGCAAGUAAGCAAGCGCUUGGAACAGCUAGCGACGUUUGGUUCGGGCAAGCGAAUUGUGGGGACAUUUUUAUGGCAUCUGAAGGGAACUUGAAUCAACAAUUUUCAACGAACAAUAAUCUAUUUCUUCCAUACGAAGCAGCGUUUAAUGGCGUCGGAAGUGGAUAUAACAUUCAGAACAGUCUGACGAAUAGUACAAACUUUCAAAACCGAUUCGCAUGGAAUAAUUUCACAUACGCCGGACAGGAGCAAGCAAACCUUUUGGCAAAGCAACAAAUUGAUAACACCAGCAGCGCGUUUUUCAGGGACGAUUCACUACCGGUUAUGUUAGACGAGGAAGCAGAACAGUUCUUAACAGGAGAAGAGUUGACGCGUGUUUUGGAUAUCAAGGAUUUAUUUGUUCCCGAAAGAGCACAUGCGGAAAAUGGAAGUAACGAUAUUUUGAAGUUUAAUUCGUCUUGCACUUUUGAUGAAAAUAUUUACAAUGGUUUCCAGACUGUGCCUUCUACUACAAGUAUCCUCAGCUGGUAA